AUGAAGAAAGCAAAAGAAGGUUUAGAGAAUUUGACUGUGGCUCCUUUCCAGGGCAGGUCUGUUCCUGCUGCCAAACUAACACAGAGAGAAGCCAUCAACACCGAUCAACAAGCAGUCCAACAGGCUUUGUACGCCAGCCAAGACUGCGGAAAAACGUUUAAAAACAAAUCUGACUGUAAAAAUGAGUCAAUUCCUACAACUCAGAAGCCAUAUUCCUGUUCUGAAUGUGACAAAAUAUUUCUACACAGAACCAGUCUUCAAAGACACAAAAGAAUUCACACUGAAGAAGAAACACAUUGUUGUUCAGAAUGUGGCAAACGAUUCCCCUGUAAAAGUGCUCUUCUGCGUCAUACACGCGUUCAUACUGGAGAGAAGCCAUACAGCUGUGCCGAAUGUGGCAAACAAUUUUCUUAUAAAUGCAAUCUUCAAAGUCAUACCAAAAGUCACAAUGGAGGUAAACCUUAUUGCUGUCCUGAAUGUGGUAAAGGAUUCUCAAUUUUAAGUGGUUUUCGUAACCAUUUAAAAAUUCACAGUGGAGAGAAGCCUUAUUCUUGCAGUGAAUGUGGCAAACGGUUCAUACAAGAAAGCGGCUUACGAAGUCACAUCAGAGUCCACACGGGAGAGAAACCUCACUGUUGUUCAGAAUGUGGCAAACGAUUCUCUGAUGGUAGCUCUCUUCAGAAGCACACACGGAUUCACACUGGUGAAAAGCCAUAUAUGUGUUCUAAAUGUGGAAAAGGAUUCACAGACAGUAGCAAUCUUCGUCAGCACACACGAACUCACUCUAUAGCAAAGUUGUAUUGCUGUUCUGAAUGUGGUAAACAAUUCACUGAUAGUAGUUCCCUUCAGAGCCACAUACGGUUUCACACUGGAGAAAAGCCAUAUUGCUGUUCAGAAUGUGUCAGACGAUGUGUCAAUCCUAGCAGUCUCCAAAGACACAUGCAAGUUCAUACUGGUGAAAGGCCAUGUUCUUGUUCGCUGUUAGACGUGAGUGCCGGAAAGCCGAGCGCAAAUAAGCCAUAUUGCUGUUCUGAUUGUGACAAACGAUUCUCAACCAAUAGCUCUCUUCGGCAGCACGCACGAAUUCAUACAGGAGAGAAGCCGUAUUGCUGUUCUGAAUGUGGCAAACGAUUCUCAACCAAUAGCUCUCUUCGGCAGCAUGCUCGAAUUCAUACAGGAGAGAAGCCAUAUUGCUGUUAUGAAUGUGGCAAACGAUUCUCAACCAAUAGCUCUCUUCGGCAGCACGCUCGAAUUCAUACAGGAGAGAAGCCAUAUUGCUGUUAUGAAUGUGGCAAACGAUUCUCAACCAGUAGCUCUCUUCGGCAGCACGCACGAAUUCAUACAGGAGAGAAGCCGUAUUGCUGUUCUGAAUGCGGUAAACGAUUUUCACAAAGAGGAAGCCUUAAGCUUGAGAGGCACAUAAGAAUUCACGCUGGAGAAAAACCUCAUUGCUGCUCUGAAUGUGGCAAAGAAUUUUAUUACAGCAGCGCCCUCCAAAGACAUAAAAGAAUCCACACUGGAGAAAAGCCCUAUGGCUGUGCUGAAUGUGGCAAACGAUUCACCGAGAGUAGUAAUCUUCACAAGCACAAAAGAAUUCAUACAGGAGACAGGCCCUAUGUCUGUUCUGAAUGUGGCAAACGAUUCACUGCCAGUAGCAAUCUUCAUCAACAUACACUCGUUCAUACUGGAGAAAAACCAUACGGUUGUUUUGAAUGUGGAAAAAGAUUCUCCAGAAGUAGCCAUCUUCAAAAGCACAAAAUAAUUCAUACAGGAGAGAAGAAAAAGACAACCCUUCCAAAAGAAAGGGGCUCACUCCUGGUUUGAGAGUAAGCACACCAAGAACAUUUGGAGAAAGUAAUAUUGCUACUCUGAAUGUGGCAAACAAUUUACUGACAGUAGCUCUCUUCAGCAGAAUAAACAAUUUCACACUGGAGGGAAGCCAUAAUGUUUUUCUGAAAAGUUCUUACCUAAGAAAAGCCUUCAGAACCACAUGGGAAUUUGCACUUUUCUGCAGUUGUGAAGGUGGCAGAUGACCUUCCCAUAAAAUCAGCCUUCAGAAUCAUUUUUUCAUGAUCAUGCUGAAGAAAAACCUUGUUGCUGAUGUUAAUGUGAUAAAGGAUUCUCACUUUUAUGUAAUUUCCAUGGCCAUUUAAGAAUCCACAGUGGAGACAUGCUUUAUUGUACUGUGUGUGGUAAACGAUUCCCAAACACCAGUGGACUUGAUAAUCAUAAAAGAAACCAUAUUGGUAAGAAGCCUUAAGGCUGUUCUGAAUGGGUGAAG